GAGGGAGGAGGAUCCGGAAUUGUUUACUUGCGAAUCCAAAACACCCACAGAAAGGAGAGAGAUUUUGUGUUGUUACUGUUGGUGGGGGGAGGAGAAUAUAUGGAGAUUUUUUCACAUUGAUCGGCCAUAGAAAGACCUAUAUAUUCCUUUCAAUUCCUUCUUUUGAUUAUUAUCACAUUAUUAUUAUCAUUAGUUACACAUUGAUCUGGAAGAAGAAGAAGAAGACGAAGACGACGACGAAGAAGAAGCCUAUUUUGGGAUUGGCCAAAAUCACAAACAGAAGAUAGAGAUAUAUAGACUACCUUGCGUUGGUUGCGUUGAUUUGAUCAUUCUUCUUCUUCUUCUUCUGUUCGGUAACCCUCUUUUCACACACAAACGCAACAUACACCAGAGGGGGAAAGCGUCUCUGACUGAAUCAAAAAGGGUUUUUACGUACACACAUAUAUAUACAUACAACACAUUAAAUAGUAUAUUUUUUGUGAUUGUAUCAAUACCCCACAUACCCAUCAUCGAUGCCUGACAAUCGCCAAGUCUGGGGGGGCAAUGUUGGUGUGGCCAAUCCCUCACUCGGAGAACUGGAAGAUGCUGUGAAACGGCUCAGCGUUGUUGAGGCUGUUGAUGAUCAUAUUCAAAAUGCUGGCUAUCCUGAUCGUCCUGGUGAACCGGACUGUAUAUACUAUAUGAGGACUGGACAAUGUGGUUAUGGAAACAAUUGCAGGUUCAAUCAUCCCGCUUCUAAUGGACAGGGUGGGAAGCUUGGAGGUGAACUUCCAGAAAGAGUCGGGCAACCAGAUUGUGUGUACUUUCUGAAGACAGGAACAUGCCAGUAUGGAUUGACAUGUAAAUAUCAUCAUCCACCCGAUAGGCGUGGUGCUGGACCAGUCUUGUUCAAUAUAUUGGGUCUGCCAAUGCGACAGGAUGAAAAAUCAUGUCCGUAUUACUUGAGAACUGGACACUGCAAAUUUGGAGCGGCAUGUAAAUUCCAUCAUCCUGAACCUGCUGCAUCUGCUGGAAUCAUCCCUCCUCCUGUCUCUGGGCCUGCUGCUGCUAUUUAUGGAGCUUCUGGGUCAUCUCCAAUCCCUCCUCCUUCCUCUGUUACACCACUAAUAAGUGGUGGUGGUGGCAUUCAAGCAUGGCCACUUCCCAAUAAUAUGCCAUAUGUACAAGGAGGACUUCAAAACUAUGUUCCUGUUAUCAUACCUUCUUCACAAACCACAAAUUCCCCAAACAAUUGGAAUACUUAUCUGGGAUGCAUGAACCCUCCUCCUCCUCCUCCUCCGUCUUCAUUUCCUACUUCUGGGUCGGAUCUGGGUUACUACUACUACUACAAGAAUUUGAUGGAUUCAGGAUCUAGUCCAGCCCCAGCACCAGCACCAGCCCCAGCCCACAUGAUGAUGAUGUCCUCUGCAGUUCCUUAUCUACCUGAAAGGCCAGAUAAACCUGAAUGUCGUAAUUUCAUGAGCACUGGGAACUGCAAAUAUGGUAUGGAUUGCAAGUACCAUCAUCCUAAGGAAAGAGCCCUUCAACUAGCUACAAACUAUCUGACCAACCCAUUUGCUGGACUUCCAACAAGACCUGGGGGGCAAGCUGUGUGUUCUCACUAUAGUCUAAAUGGAUUUUGCAAGUAUGGGCAAACUUGUAAAUUCAUUCACACAUCACCAGGAUACUCCUACAACUAUGGUGUGAGCGUUCCAAGUCUGUCUGUACCUGAUCCGGCUAUGUUGUUCCCUUAUCAGAUGGUUUACUGUCCUGAAACAUCUCCUCUUCCUCUUCCUCCACCAACAACUAAAUCAUCAUCUAAGCUUAUUCUUCACCAUCAAAACCAGAAGAAACCACCUGGAAAAGAUGAGACUAAUCUGGAUGCUGAAAAUUCAUCCAACCAAUCUGGUUCACCCAUAUCUGCUGCUGGCUCAGAACCUCGGGAAGGAGAUAAGGCCAAUUGAUGAAGAUGUUGAAAGAUUGUGUUUUUUUUUUUUUUUUUUUUUUUUUUUUUUUUUUUUCCUCCACCCCGGUUUUGUUUUACCUGCGGCCAAAAUGGAUAGGUUCUCUAGUAUUUGACAUAAUGAGAUUUAAGGCUUGGGGUGGUGCUCUUUCUAUUUUCUUUUUGUUUGUUCAUUUUGUUGUGGUGAAUAAAACACAGGUGGUGAACAUGAAGAUGAUGAUGAUGAUGUCAACCAUCCAAUUUUCUUUUGUCCUUCCUUAAAGAAACCAAAUACAAUACUAUGUAUGAUGGUGAUUUUUAUGAUCAUUAUUGCUUU